CGUGUAGGUUCAGUAUUGUGCUUUGCGCUACCCGACACGAUUGUUAAGUUUAUUUUGUUUCGACAGUCACAGCUUGUCUUGCAAAAAUGGCGGGUCGUCAUUUCCGUAAGAAAUAUUUUGACUUUAACAAACCAGAAGAUGUCGAGGCGUUAAUGAACAUUAUAAAUGAUGAUUCAGAACUAGAAGGCUUUAGUGAUGACUCAGAUUCUGAUCUGACGUGGUGUAAGGAGCUAAAUAGCCUUCCCAAAAGCCUCGGAGACAGUGAUUCCUCGGAUUCUGACCAAGAAGAAGAUACUCGUGAGAAUUCCCUAAUUCUAAACAAAAACCCGCCUUUUCAAAAUGACACUGAGGUUCCUGGUCCUUCCGGUAUAAGUGCAGCUCCCGUAUUAGAUCAACCACAAACUACUGAAGACCUUAGUCAGCCUUAACUACAGCCAGAU